UUUUCUGACAUCUUGAGACAAUCCACAACUGCUCUCUGAUGGUGCACAAAACAGUUUUUAACACUGACAUGAGUGAACGACUGGUUAUUUAUAGAGGAAGCCAGAUCAGGACUGAAACUGUUAAUCAGGUUAGGAGCUCAGUGACUGAAAAUGUGCAAGAAGGCCAAACACACACACAUACACAGACAGACACACACUGGGGGAAAGGAUGGUUGUCCCCUGCUGUGGGACAAGAAUGGACCAGGACUGAUGUUGUGUUUACAGUCAUUGUGUGUGCACGGCUCCCAGCAUCCUCAGCACAUGCUUGCAGGUGCAGGCUUGUGCAGCAGCAGCAGCAGGAGCAGACUCACAGAUUAGACAGCGAGCGGACGGGGCUCAGUUUCCCUGCAGGCUGCACAGCAUCAACAACACUCUCCCCCAGAAACUGUCACACGUGUUCUCCCACUCUCCUCUCUCCGCACAGCUCCGUGUCUGUCGGUUCAUCCGCUCCUCGGGUUCCAGGGAGGCGAUUCUCCACCGCCGCCAUUUUUUGUUAGGGGACUGCCUACCGAAAGGGGAGAAACUUUGCUAGCUAACGCCUAACAUUAGCAGCUAGCUAGUUGGCCAAUAGCCCUUGCUUGCUUGUCUGCUAGCCCGUUGUGACAGCGGCAGACGCCUGACAGUCGUUAGCCCGGCUAGCUAGCAUCGCGUUGAAUUAUUAUUGCCACCGGCUACUAUAAAUGACAAAAUCGGCUGUUGCUAAAACGAACAAAUUAGCAAAACGGAGCGUGUGUGCUGGGAAGGCGACUGUGUUGUUAGAUUAGCGAAUUAGCAACUGCUAACGUGUAAGCUAGCCCCACUUUGAUUCCUCUGGACUGCGUCGCCUCGUCUGUGAUUUUUUUUUUUUUGUUGUGUGGCGUCAGUCGCUUUGCUCUGCCGCGUCGACCGGAGCCUCCAGCCGCCAACACCCCUGUCCCCGACCCGCGAGGACUCCUUUCUGGACGAGGCGCCCAUGUGCUGAUUCCUCAGGCCCAUCCAUUACUGCAGAUGAAUCUUCAGCUGCUUUGGCGUAGCUCAGCACCCAGAUAGUCCCACCCCCUUCGAGUGGGCGAUAAGGGACUACAUUAACCAGGAUGCCCUCCUCUGUAAGGGCAGGGAGCCUGAAGGAUCCGGAGGUGUCUGAUCUUUUUUUCAAAGAAGACCCAGAGAAGCUUUUCUCAGACCUCAGAGAGAUUGGCCAUGGCAGCUUUGGCGCCGUCUACUUUGCACGGGAUGUACGCACUAAUGAGGUGGUGGCAAUCAAAAAGAUGUCCUACAAUGGCAAACAGUCUAUUGAGAAAUGGCAGGACAUAAUAAAGGAGGUGAAGUUUCUCCAGAGGAUCCGGCACCCCAAUAGUAUAGAGUACAAAGGAUGCUACCUCCGUGAGCACACAGCAUGGCUGGUGAUGGAGUAUUGUCUCGGCUCAGCCUCUGAUCUGUUAGAAGUUCAUAAAAAACCUCUACAAGAAGUAGAGAUCGCUGCCAUUACACAUGGUGCUCUGCAGGGGCUGGCCUACCUUCAUUCCCACAAUAUGAUCCACAGGGACGUGAAGGCAGGUAACAUCCUGCUGACUGAACCGGGGCUGGUCAAGCUGGCCGACUUUGGCUCGGCCUCCAUCGCCUCGCCUGCCAACUCCUUUGUGGGAACGCCAUAUUGGAUGGCCCCUGAGGUGAUUCUCGCCAUGGAUGAGGGCCAGUAUGAUGGGAAGGUGGAUGUCUGGUCCUUGGGGAUCACCUGUAUAGAAUUAGCGGAGAGGAAGCCUCCCUUGUUUAACAUGAAUGCAAUGAGUGCCUUAUACCACAUAGCGCAGAAUGAGAGUCCCACACUAAUGUCUAGUGAAUGGACGGAUUACUUCAGAAACUUUAUCGAUUCUUGCCUUCAGAAAAUCCCCCAGGACCGGCCGCACUCUGACGACAUGCUGGGUCAUGCAUUUCUGCAGCGUGAACGUCCAGACUCUGUGCUAAUGGAUCUUAUUCAAAGGACCAAGGAUGCCGUGCGAGAGCUGGACAACCUGCAGUACCGCAAGAUGAAGAAGAUCCUCCUUCAGGAGGCUCACAACGGACCCGCUGCAGAGCCUCAGGAUGGAGAUGAGGAGCUGGAGCCUGGUGGAGGUCGAACAGGAACAGUGAACAGCGUCGGCAGUAAUCAGUCCAUCCCCAGUAUGUCCAUCAGCGCCAGCUCCCAGAGCAGCUCCGUCAACAGCCUGAAUGAAGCGGCCCAGGACAGCCACAGCGAGCUGGACCUGAUGGAGGGGGACCACACAGUCAUGUCCAAUAGCUCUGUCAUCCACAUCAAACCGGAAGAAGAGGAGAGCUUCUCUGGGGAGCAGGAACCCAGCAGUCAACCCACUGAGCCCCAGGCAACACCAGCUCAGGUCCCAAGGAAGCACUACCGCAACAGAGAGCAUUUUGCCACCAUACGCACAGCGUCACUUGUGACUCGAGAGAUGCAGGAACACGAGCAGGACUCUGAGCUACGGGAGCAGAUGUCAGGAUACAAACGAAUGAGACGGCAACAUCAGAAGCACCUGAUGGGUCUGGAGAACAAGCUGAAGGGAGAGAUGGAUGAGCACCGUCUGAGGCUGGACAAAGAGCUGGAGAGUCAGAGGAGCAACUUCACCCAAGAGAUGGAGAAGCUGCUCAAAAAACACCAGACGGCCCUCGAGAAAGAUCUGAAGACAUUUGCCAAUGAUGAGAAGAAGUUCCAGCAGCACAUCCAGGUGCAGCAGAAGAAAGAGCUCAGCAGCUUUCUGGAGUCUCAGAAACGAGAAUAUAAACUACGCAAGGAGCAGCUCAAAGAGGAACUGAGUGAGAACCAGUCGACUCCAAAGAAAGAGAAGCAAGAGUGGCUCUCCAAGCAGAAAGAGAACAUCCAGCACUUCCAGGCGGAGGAGGAGGCCAACUUGCUGAGGAGACAGAGGCAGUACCUGGAGCUGGAGUGUCGUCGGUUCAAACGCAGGGUCCUCAUCGCCAGACACAAUGUGGAACAGGAUCUGGCCAGAGAGGAGCUGAACAAACGGCAGACGCAGAAGGACCUGGAGCACGCCAUGCUGCUCAGGCAUCAUGAGUCGAUGCAGGAGCUGGAGUUCAGGCAUCUGGGGACGAUCCAGAAGGCGCGGGCAGAGCUGAUCCGUACCCAGCACCAGACCGAGCUCACAAACCAGCUGGAAUACAACAAGAGGAGGGAGAGGGAGCUGAGGCGGAAACAUGUCAUGGAGGUCCGACAGCAGCCCAAGAGCCUCAAGUCUAAGGAGCUUCAGAUUAAGAAGCAAUUCCAAGACACUUGUAAAACCCAGACCCGGCAGUACAAGGCCCUCAGGAAUCAUCUGCUGGAGUCCACGCCCAAGUCUGACCACAAGGCUGUGCUGAAGAGGCUGAAGGAGGAGCAGACCAGGAAGCUGGCCAUCCUGGCAGAGCAGUACGACCACUCCAUCAAUGAGAUGCUCUCCACGCAGGCUCUGCGGUUAGAUGAAGCUCAAGAGGGGGAGUGUCAGGUUCUGAGGAUGCAGCUGCAGCAGGAGCUGGAGCUGCUCAACGCGUACCAGAGCAAGAUCAAGAUGCAGACGGACGCCCAGCACGACAAGGAGAAGAGGGAGCUGGAGCAGAGGGUGUCUCUGCGGAGGGCUCUGCUGGAGCAGAAAAUUGAGGAGGAAAUGCUCGCCCUGCAGAACGAACGCCUGGAGCGGAUCCGCUCGCUGCUGGAGCGACAGGCCCGAGAGAUCGAGGCUUUUGACUCUGAGUCCAUGCGGCUGGGCUUUAGCAACAUGGUGCUCACUAACCUGGCUUCUGAUCCCCAGGGAGGCUGGGGGGGCGGAGGUGGAGGAGGCCAGGGGGCUCAGGGGGGAGGCCACUGGCCUGCAGGAGGUGGAGGAGGGGGCCACCAUAGUCAUCACCACCAGGGGAGCUCCAGCUCACAGCAGCCCUGGGGUCACCCCAUGCUGGCUGGGGGUCCACCGCCCUGGAGCCUCCAUCACCCCGGAGGAGGGAGUCAGAGGGGGAGUGGAGGCGGUGCGGGAGGGGUGAGGAACAGCCCGCAGGCUAUGAGGAGGACGUCAUCAGGGGGAAGGAAUGAACAGGGCAUGAGCAGGAGCGCCAGCAUCACCUCUCAGAUCUCCAACGGAUCCCAUCUGUCGUACACUUAGGCAACACACACACACACACACAAAAGAGAAACAGUCAAUGUCUUAACGUUGACACACCGAAGUAACACUGUACACAGACACACUCCACACAUGCUUCACAUACACUUAUUUCCCACUGUACGUCUGACUCUUACUGCACAGUACUGACACUGGGUUUACUUCCACCCAGUUGCUCCCAUCACCACUUCUCUUUCACCAGUGCACUGCUACCAGCAGCGGUCUGUGGAAACCCAACAGUCUCGAGAUUAAUCCAAGAUGGCUGAAGGCCAUAUACAGUAUCCCACAGUGCAAUAGUGUUUUACUGUAGCCUACUGUGCUAUUUUAUGUGUUUUUAUAUUUGCAAUGUUAGUCUCUGUUGCCAUAGACUCAAAGUAGAGUUCAGAUUAUCUAGCAGGAGUUUAUCAGGAGGAGUUUGUUUGCAGUAUGCUGUUUUAUAUGCUGUUUUGUGAUAGCAAAAUUAGUUGCAUCAGGGGAAAAUUAGCAUUCAAUGUGUGCAAUUUUUUUUAAUAACACUUAAAUAUUUUUUACUUCAAACCACUCACGGCUCAAGAUUAAAGCACAGAAAUCGUAAUAAGAGAAAGUUUUAUGAGAUUAUUGCUCAUGUACUGUUGCAGGCAGAUCAGAUGAGAAGGCAGGAGGUGACGUAGGGGUCGGACUUGAGACUGACGAUUAAAGAACAGAGUUUCAGAACAUGUUGCAAAGGUGUAGAAGGGAGAUGGAAGGAACAGAACAGAGAUUGAUGUCAGUGGGUAUCUCUGACUUUAAAGAUGUAGUGCAGUGAUGUAACUGAGGAUGGUAUCUACCACCGAGUGGAAAUGUAACCUGUGAAAUCACCUGAUUCACUAAGAUUAAAAAUCACACCCAGUCCUGAAUGUCUCAUGGGUUGAACACCCUUGGGUGGGGAGUUGUUUACUAGCAGGGCUGCGAAGAUGCCAAAGGUACAGAGUCAGAUAUUGUUGUGGUAACUACUCAUGCCAACGUAUUGUGAAGUUUUUUAUGAGAUUUCAGUGGAGGUUCAGUUCAAACUAUGAGGCCAAACAGAUGCAUCUUCAGCUGGACUGCAGGAGAGAAGCACUCAGUUCCUGUGCUCGUGCUCUGCCUUAUGGGUUCGACUCUUGGUUUCCACAGGCCUCUGCCCUUCACUCACACCUGCCCAGUCUGAGGGAUACUACAGCCUUACACAGCCGUCAUGACAGGGUGGCUUUUCAGCAGCACCCAACCUCUACCUGAAUAGAUUCAAACCUGUGCAUUCACUCUUCACUCCUCACUUUAAUGCCCUAAUUGCCUGCUCCAAUUUGGCGCCGUCUUAUCGAUGCACUAUGAAUUUCUUUGAUAAAGUGAACGAUGCCUGUUUGCCUACCUCAAGUAGAGCUUCACCACAAGGUGUCGUGACUUUACAAUGACUUGCACUUUGGCACAGGCCUUUACCCACAGGAAAUAUGAAUCUGACACAUUUACACACACAAAUUCACUUGAAAUAG